GCGUGCCCGCCCCCGCCAUGGCCGACGCGGAGGACGCGGACGAGGCGGGCGGGCCGCAGGCGCAGGCGGGCUCGGCGGGCUCGCGGCCGGGCGGCGCCGACAGGAUGUUCUCGCUCAAGAAGUGGAACGCGGUGGCCAUGUGGAGCUGGGACGUGGAGUGCGACACCUGCGCCAUCUGCCGCGUGCAGGUCAUGGAUGCCUGUCUUAGAUGUCAAGCUGAAAACAAACAAGAAGAUUGUGUUGUUGUCUGGGGAGAAUGUAAUCAUUCCUUCCACAAUUGCUGUAUGUCUCUGUGGGUUAAACAGAACAAUCGCUGUCCCCUCUGUCAACAGGACUGGGUGGUCCAAAGAAUUGGCAAAUAAAAAUAUUGAGUUUUUUCUUCUGAACUUGUUUGGUGUGCUGUACAUCUUAUGCCAUGUACCAAUUUGAAAGGAUAGAACACUAUGGCAUCAUUAAUUUAGCUUGUACCUAUGAUUAAAAGAUGUUUUGGGGGGCACUCCUCAAAUGUUUAGGUCUGCAUUUUGUUAAUUCUUGUUUCAAGCUUCUACAACUGAGAAUAUAAAACACAUUAAAGUGUGUCUUUGUUCCUGAUCACAUGUUAAUUGUAUCAACUACUUAGAAAUGCUCUUGGCUGAAAAUACCUGUAGAUACAACCUUUGUAAUGAUUUUUGGUCAAAGAAAUGUUGUAUGCUUUCAAAAAGAACAUCUUGUUUAUAAACCUGAUAUGCUGUAAUUGAUGUGUUAAAAUUAAUGUAUAAAAAGAAAAAUCUUGUCAUCCAAUACUGCAUCUGUACCAAACCACCAUAAAUUUCUGGAAAAUUAUUUUGUUUUUAAUUAAAAUAAAUAGUUUAGGAAGUA